AUGGAAGGUCCAAAAACACAGGAGAAGACCGUCGUGUACGGAGCUCCGCCUCCAUUGACGGCCGUGGAGAGGUUCUUGUACGGUCAAAAGAACGAUUUCCUGCGUUCCAAGAAACAGCGACAUCCCACAGAUCGUCAAGGACAGAUCAUGAAGGCGAUGACAGACAACAAGGAGAACUUGAUGAUGUUUGGUCCGAAGGAGGAGGAGAUGACGAAGAAAAACCACGCAGCGCCCAUCAAUGGCGGAGGCAGAAGUGAAGUGACUGCGGCAAAAACCGCGAAGGGUGGUACUUUCAAGGGAACCAAGAAAAAGGCUUGCAAGAAUCUUAUCAGAGGACAAUGGACCGCUGAAGAAGACAGGAAGUUGAUAAAGUUGGUGAAGCAACUUGGAGAGAGGAAAUGGGCGAUAGUGGCGGAGAACCUCGAGGGAAGAGCCGGGAAACAAUGUCGUGAAAGAUGGCAUAAUCACUUGCGUCCUGAUAUCAAGAAAGAUGGGUGGGAGGAAGAAGAAGAGAAGAUCCUAGUGGAAGCUCACUCAAGAAUUGGAAACAAGUGGGCGGAAAUCGCAAAGCUGAUACCAGGCCGUACGGAAAACUCCAUCAAGAACCACUGGAACGCGACCAAGCGACGCCAAAACUCAAAACGCAAACACAAACGCAACAAUAGCAACAGCAGCGAUCUGUCGCCGACCGCCAAAAGGCCUUGCGUUCUUCAAGAUUACAUCAAGAGCAUCAAUAACAGUAACCACGACAAGAACAAGAACAAGAACAUCGUCGUUGAUUCUUGUAGUAAUCCGUCGUCAAUGGGGAAAUGCCAGAUUUUCUCGGACGGAGAAUCUGCCUCAUCGCUCGUGAGCGAUUCCUUCGACGAAGAGCUCAUUCUCCUUCAGAAUUUCUUCGCCAACCAACCCAUUUCUCUGGAGAAUAUCGGUUUCACAGAUUAUCAAGAGCCUGUCGAGAUGGAUCUGUCUUCUUCUUCUUCUGGGGUUGUGACUAGGAACCCUAACCCUAACUCGCUCGCAACUCAGGCGAGUCAUCAUGGGAUGGUCACUCCGACAAAUACCCACCUCCCUUCUGAUCUCUACUUAUCAAAUCUACUGAACGGGACAAUGUUGUUCUCGUCUGGUUCCUGUUCUUCGUCAUCGUCCACAUCCAACGAGGAUUUUGGCUACAACAAGUUUCUUGCGCCUCAAGAAAACUCUACGAGUGAGAGGAGAGAGAUGGAUCUGAUAGAGAUGCUGUCUGGCUCAUGUCAAAGUAGCAGCAACAUCUACUUCCCUUCGUUUUAG